AUGGAUCAAAAUUCCUUUUAGAUUAAAUGUUAACGUAAGCAUUUCUUAAAAGACAAACAUUAUCAUCUUUUAAUUGAUGAUGAUCGCAUAUCAAUAUCACAAGUAAAAUAACAUUCACACUAAAAGAGUCAGUAAACUUUCAAUAAUCAAAGUACAUCCUUGAUUUGAUAUUCCAAAAUUUAGUAUUUUGGAAAACAGAUGAAAAUUAACUGAUUGCAUUUGGUAUUAAAUAUAAUUAAGUUCUUAAAUGGUUUCAUGCUGAGAAAACUGCUCUAGAAGCACUGUAUAGAGAAUUACAUACUCGUGUAUUCUUUGGAAAUAUAUCAGCAAUAUAUGAAAGUAAAGAAAUACUUGGUGCUGGUGCAUCAUGUAAAGUUUAUAAGGUUGUUAAUAAGAUUACACAUUAUGAGUUUGCUUCAAAAUGUAUAAGAAAAGAUUAUGUAUUUAAGAGAAAUGAUAAAGAAAGAUAUGUAUAUUAUUUAAAUAUAUUAGAAUCGCUUAAUCUAAGAAAUAGAAUUAAUGAGAUUAGUCGAACAUAAUUCAAUAGUUAAAAUGGUCGAUCUUUAUGAAGGAGAGAAGUCUUACUAUAUAAUUAUGGAAUUACUUAAAGGUGAAACAUUACACACAUUCACAAAAAAGACAAAAUUGAACAUUUAUUAAAUAAAGACUGUUAUGAAUGUAUAAUAAUGAUAUAAAUGAAUAGAAAUGUUUGAAAGCAUUAUGUUAUUUGAAUUUACUUAAUAUUAUUCAUAGAGAUUUAAAAUUAGAAAAUUUAGUGCUUUUAGAACCAAAUAAUGUAGAAACAGUUAAAAUUAUAGAUUUUGGAUUAGCAAUUCCAUUAUCAACACCUCAACUUUAAAUAUGUGGAACUCCUGGUUAUAUUGCACCAGAGAUGUUUAUUGAUAAAUAUCCAUAUACUACAAAAGUUGAUAUGUUUAGUUUAGGUUCUAUAUUUUAUAAGUUACUAAGUAGAAAAUCUUUAUUUAGUGGGAAUAAUAGUGAUGAAAUACUUGAAAAUAAUAAAAGAUUUAAGUGUAAUAAUCAUCUUAAGAAUUGUUCUCAUGAGAUUUUAGAUUUGUUAAAAUAAAUGUUAUAAAAGGAUCCAAAUAAAAGAAUAUCUCCAGAAUAAGCUUUAUUACAUCCUUUUUUUGAUGAUACAAUUUAAGGUAAAUUACCAUAUUAUUUACACUUUAGGAGACUUAGGAGUAGCAGAAGAAAGUCCACAUGAAAUUGUAAAAACAUUUCCACAUAUCAAACCUAUGUAGAUUAGCAAUUCUAAUGACAAUAUUAAGAUUUAAGUAAUUAGAGGAAGUCAACCUAGUUUUGAUUUAAGUUUAGGAUCAAAUUAUUUUCCUUCAUUUGAUGAUAUUAAUAAAAAAUCAAGAAAUGGUAGUGAUCACAUUAUUGAAUGA